GUCUCUUUGAGGGUUAUAUAUAUAUGCUCUUAUACUAAAACCAUGCACGCUGGUCCAAGGUCAGACAGUUCCGACGAAUCAGACAAAAAUAUUUAUGUACUUGCACUUCACCUAUAAAAUAAAAAUCUCUCAUACAAUGGGCAAUAGGGGACUCUUACACAUAGAAUAUUUUUUUUCCAAAAUACCGGAUUGUUUGUUCAUGGCUUAUUUCACUCUCCAUGAAAUAGUUUGGUCUAUGUACUGCAGUUAUGUUUUAACUACAUUUAUGUUUUUAACUGCAGUAAUGUUUUUGUUGUUGUUGACUAACUUAUUUCUCAUAUUGAAGUUUUUUUUUCAAUUUAUAUUAAGCAUAAUCUAUCUUCACUUGCAUGAUAUCGUAUGUUAUCUAUACAAUUGACGAACAAAAAC